CAUUCGAUUUGUUGUUUCAAGAUUGUAAUGUCAAAAAUUUCAUUCAUUCAUCGAACAGUCGUAGCGUAGAGUUGACGUUGCCCAUCUUUUAAAAUAAGAAAAAAGCUUUAUUAUUUUGUUUACUUGCUAAUUUUAGAAGUUAUUAAAACUUCACGAAUAUCUGUUUUAAGAAACGCAAAACAUCACAAGUUGAUAAUCACCACAUGGCUUAAAAUUUAAUAAACAAAUGCGCAGGAGUUGACGUCUUUGAAGUUUGAUCGUUGUUUAUUUUUCAAGCAUUCUUUGAUUGUUUCAUUAAAUCUUGCCAUGUGGAGAAGGUCUUAUUUAAUCGUCGCGCUGAUUUGUGUGGUGCCAAUAGCAUACGCAUGCAAUGAAGCUAUAUGUGCAAGCGUAGUAUCAAAAUGCAUGUUGACCCAAUCAUGCAAAUGCGAUUUGAAGGACUGCUCAUGCUGCAAAGAUUGCUUCAGUUGCCUCAGCUCCUUGUACAGCGAGUGCUGUAGUUGCGUCGAUAUGUGUCCCAAACCAAAUGACACGCAGACAGAACUAUCAAAAACUUCCUAUGUUGAGGAGCUUGGUGAUGGAGUACCAGGCCUCUUUGCUGCUCUAACAAGUGAUCCAGAUGCUCAACAACGCUGGCUCUCUAUGACAUAUCCAGUGGACAUCGACCUAUCAGCCUACAGACCUGUACCAGAGAAACAAGUUGUUUAUCAUUUACAGAGCGUGGAACAAGAUUCGGAGCCGGUGAACACAGACAUGGUGACUUUCAACUGCACCGUCGCGUACAUGUCCCAGUGCAUGUCGUGCGACAAAUGCCGGGCCUCGUGUCGGUCCAUGGGCGCCAACAGCAUUAGGUGGUUCCAUGACGGAUGCUGCGAAUGCGUCGGCGACAAGUGCUUGUAUUACGGCAUCAACGAGAGUCGGUGUCUUGCCUGCCCGGGUGGGAAGGAAACUUCGAUUAAUGCUAUCGAUGAAGAACUCACGUAUGACGACUUGGACUACGGAGAAGACGUUGACGCGCAAUCUAUUUAAAACAAAUAUUCGGUAUUCACAACUUUAAAUACAUACACUCGUAUAUUAUUAUGUACAUUGGACUUUUGGCGGGAACGCGAAGAGCGAAAUUGUGUAAAUUGUUUUCUUUUUUAAAUUAGUGUUUCUUCACGUUUCAAUGUGUAAUAACGGUGGUUUAUUAACUGUUUAGCAUCUGUGAAAGUACACAAAUAAACAAAGCCAUUUGGACGUAGCUUCUCGGAUUCUUCCAAAAGGUCAAAGGAAAAUGUCUGUAAAUAAUCACCGUUUUACUAAGAUUUUAUUUAAUGCUAUCUCGUCUCGAUUCAUUUAAUUUCAUCCCAAUUGAAGAGUCUUAAAUUGAUCAACUUCAUCUCGUUUCGCAUAACAAGAAGUUAUAAUAGAAGCUUCUUGUUAUAAUAGAAUAUAAGAGGAAAAUAUUAGACUUGGCUUAAAGGACUCGUUACCAGGCCAUAAGAAUCUCCAAAAAAAACGUGUAUUUUCAGAAAUCUUUGUACUGUCCGAUCAAUUGUUGAAGUAUUGCCAUAAGUGAAGUCACAUAUUUUUUUUGCUGCUAAAUAUUAAAUAGAUCUGAAAUGAUAAUGCGAGUAUUCGAAAAUACCAGAGGAGGUAUGUUUAAAAUUGAAGACUACUCAUUCUAAUGAAAGAUUUAGCAUUUUAAGUUUAGUGCACAAUGUUAUAAGGGUUAUAAUUAUGCGAACAGAAAAAAAAAUAGCUGACAUAAAUUGAAUUCUUGGUUAGCGAAAAUAAGGUAAAUAGUUUAAGUAAGAUAUUCUUAAAAAUGUAUUUAAUUUACUUGCAAUACCUACAGCUUACUAAUGCUCAGAAGCUACGUGAAUUGUUUUUUUAAAACAUGUUUUCAACACAGUUUUCACCAAAACCUUUCAAAAUUUUUACUUGAAUUAAGUUUUUUAUUUUUCGUACAACAAUUGCUAAAUGUAUUUAGUGCCAUGAUAUUGCUUCAGUUUAGCCCAAAUCAAAAUAUAGAUAUUUAAUUUGAUUUCAAAUGUUUACAUUUGACGAAGCUGUCCCUUUGGUCGUAAUAAAUACACGCUAAAUCUUUGAUGCAAACUGUGAAUCUCACUUACGACAUUUUCAAAAUAAGCUUGCUUAUAUAAAAGUUCCGAACAACUAAAUCCGGACCGUUGAUCUACUGAGCAAUAUCAUUCACUCGGUCGAUGAUCUUUUGUCAUUAACCAUCCUCAAAACAGGGAAAUAUACUUGAAAUAAAAUUAUUUAAUUUGAAACGUCUACAAACACGAGAAUAAUUAUAUUGAUUUUAUUCUUAAUUUUCUUAUUAUUGUCUGCAGGGCCGUUUUAUUUUUACCUAAUAAAUAAGAGACUUCAUUUGCGGAAAAUGAGUUUUUUUUUCUGUUUUUAAUACACAUUUAGCUUAACCUGUGUCGUAUGUAGCAAGCGGAGUCUUUCAACGUAGUGAAUUACACCAGUACUCAAGACGUUUGAUUAACUUAUAAUUUUACGUACGUAUCAAGGACCGACGACAAUACGAUAAUUUUAUUACUUUGGCCUAAUACCCUGAGUAGAAGUACUAGAUUUAAAAAAAAUCUACUUGAAUUUACACUUCGGCUUACUAUCAGAGCGUGUUAUUUUAGUUUCUAAACUACGUACUGUAUUCAUAAGACGAUAAAAUACAUUUUACUUUAAGCAAUAUUUAUGUAAUGAUUUUAUUAAUCUAAGUCUUCAUAUCUAACGAUUUAGUUUGUAACCUUUAUUGUUUAUAGAACAAAAGAAAGGAUCAUUGUAUUCGCCUAAUUUCCGUCCUUUAUGAAUGAAUCUCUAUAUUUUUAAUAUUAUAUACACGUCUAUAGGUGUAAGUGCUUUCAAAAUGUAUACAAUUUCUUGUAAUGGAAUCUCAAAGUGCCAAAAGUGUUGCUUGUACAAAAUUUUGCCAUUUAUAAUGUUGCCAGUGUACUGCCAAUGAAAUAUCUCAGUGCAGUCAUAUUUAUUAAAAGUAUUUUUGCUUUAUUUUGUAUUUUUAUGUCUUCACGUUUUGGCUAUAGUCAUUUUAUUAUAAAUACUCAUGUUGAAACUUGACUUGGUCACAAAUUUUCAUAGAGUAAAAAUAUUGAACAAGAAAUGCUAGUUUUGUACUUCUGAUUUAUAAAAGUGCUUUUUCAAGUCACAAAGUUGUAUGCAAUUUUUUUUAAAUAAAUAAAUGAAUAUUUUA